AUGGAGGAAAAGAAAACAACAGCAGCAGCAUCAUCGUACAAUACAGCUGCUUUUGAUAAUAUACUUCAUAAGAUGGGUUUCCAGUAUGAAUACGUCUCGCCAGAAAAAGUUACCGGCCGCCUUUAUCUUAAUCAGAUGUGCUGUCAGUCCUUCAAGAUGAUGCAUGGAGGUGUAUCAGCAUUGAUAGCUGAGUCUCUGGCAAGCUUAGGAGCCCUCGUAGCUUCGGGUUGUCAGAGAGUAGCUGGUGUUCAUAUCAGCCUCAACCAUUUGAAGCCUGCUCAACUUGGUGAUCAAGUGUUUGGAGAGGCUACCCCUCUUAGUGUUGGUAAAACCAUCCAGGUGUGGGAGGUGCAAGUCUGGAAGAUUGAUCCUUCAAACUCACAAAGCAAAUCCUUGGUAUCAUCAUCUAGGGUAACUCUUCUUGCUAACGUGCCAAUGCCGGAGCACUUAAAGGAUACCGCUGCAACGGUCGGGAAGCAUGCAAAAUUGUGA